UGCUUCAGAUGUGAUACAGGCUGCAGGACACUCAGUUAUAGGCACUGGCUGUCCCACCCCCUUGUCUAUGCCCCUCUCUCUCACACACAUCAUUCCUCUGAUCCCCAGGCUCCUAUGCUGCAGCACAGCUCUCAGAGGCAGUGUAGUGCCAGGUACAGCGGGGUCUAUGCCCUAUGCUGCUUCCCAUACACAGCCCAGUCUGCCUGGAACACUAGUGCCGUCCACAAACCUUGUGUUGCAUAAACUGUGGCCACCCCUGAGUCUGCUGCCUGUCACCUGGAUCUGGGAAAAAAAACCUCAUGUUCGUGCUCCAGAGGUUUGUCUUCUACAAGGAUGAACUUUCUAUCUAAUCUGAUGUCUCAAUGUAAUCCCCAGCCUGGUCAGUGGAAAAGUAGUUUGGUUUUGUCACUUCAUUUAUAGUUACCUGAUACUGAAGAUAGUAUUCAUAUAAAAGGCAUGGAGAAAACAUACUCCCUAACUGCUCACUAUGAUGAGUUCCAGGAGGUCAAGUAUGUGAGCAAGUACAAUAGCUGCAGUACCCUUUCCAAUGGUUUCAACCUCCAAGUCAGCUCCAAAAAGCAGGCAAAGAAGGGAGUCCCACGAUGGAGUAGAAGAGAGACAUGUUUGUUGUCAGGAUUAGUUUUUGCCAUGGGUAUUUGUGUCAUCCUGGGGUGCAUGCUAGUGCUGAAGUACCUAUCUAUGGAACAGGAUGGUCAGUGUCUGGAAGGAUGCCAGGAGAGGAAAGCCUUCAUGAGGGCUUCAAAAUUUAUUACUAGCAACAUAGAUCCCACAAUAUCACCUUGUACUGACUUCUACUCUUUUGCCUGUGGAGGCUGGCUUAGGAGACAUGGGAUUCCAGAAGACAAGCUUAUUUAUGGAACCAUUGCAGCUAUUGGAGAGCAAAAUGAAGAGAAGCUAGAACAUUUGCUUCUACAGCCAGUGAGAAGGAAACACAAAGGCUCAGCAGAGAGGAAAGUAAAAGAAUUUUUCAAAUCCUGCAUUAAUAUGAGGGAUAUUGACCGAUUGGGAGCCAGGCCAAUGCUACAGGUGAUUGAGGACUGUGGAGGUUGGGAUCUGCCAGAGGACCCAAAAACCCAGUGGGAUUUUGAUGAACUUUUGUACAAGACCCAAGGAGUGUACAGUACUGCAGUCUUCUUCUCAAUGACUGUCAGCCUAGAUGACAAAAAUUCCUCCAGAUACAUCAUCAGGAUUGAUCAGGAUGGGUUGACCUUACCUGAGAGAACUCUGUAUCUAGGGCAGGAUGAGGAGAGCAUUAAGAUCCUGGAAGCCUACAAGGUCUUUAUGCAAACAAUCCUUUCCCUCCUUGGUGUGGAAAAUGUGGAGAAAAAGGCAGAGGAGAUUCUUCAUUUGGAGCAGCAUCUUUCCAAUAUCACUAUUUCCGAAUUUGAUGACAUGAGAAGGGACAUCAGCACUAUGUAUAACAAGGUCACGCUGGCACAGUUGCAGCAGAUUACUCCACACCUAAGCUGGAAAAACCUUUUGGACAGAAUUUUUCAUGCAAACUUUCCAGAGGAUGAGGAGGUGGUUGUGUUGGCCACGGAUUAUAUGCACAAGGUGUCAGAAAUGAUACGAGCCACCCCAGCCAGUGUUCUCCACAAUUACAUGCUUUGGCGCAUUGUGGUGGUGUUGAGUGAGCACCUCUCAACUCCCUUCAGAGAUGCCAUUCAUGAACUAUCCAAAGAGAUGGAGGGUUCAGAGAAGCAGGCAGAACUGACAAAGGUGUGUCUGACUCAAGCCAACAAGCACUUUGGCAUGGCUCUGGGAGCCAUCUUUGUAGAAGAAUAUUUCUCGUCCUCUAGCAAAGCCAAGGUGCAGCAGUUGGUUGAAAACAUUAAGCACAUACUGGAUCACAGGCUAGAGGAGUUAGACUGGAUGGACACAGAGACUAAACAAGCGGCAAGAGAAAAGCUGAAGCACAUGAUGGUGAUGAUCGGAUACCCUGAUAUUCUCUUACAACCUGAGUCAGUGGAUAAAGAAUAUGAAUUUGAGGUUAAUGAGAAGACAUAUUUCAAGAACAUUCUAAACAGCAUAAGAUACAGCAUCAAAAUGGCUAUAAAGAAGAUUCGCCAAGAGGUGGAUAAAUCAACUUGGCUGCUUCCUCCACAAGCCCUGAAUGCUUACUACCUUCCUAACAAGAACCAAAUGGUGUUCCCAGCUGGCAUCUUACAGCCUACACUCUAUGAUCCAGAUUUCCCACAGUCUUUAAACUUUGGCGGCAUUGGGACAAUUAUUGGACAUGAGCUGACACAUGGGUAUGAUGAUUGGGGAGGUCAGUACGACGCCAAUGGAAAUCCCAUUCAGUGGUGGACUGAAGAUUCCUAUAGCAAAUUUCUGAAGAAAGCAGAAUGUAUUGUGGAUCUGUACGAGAACUUCACUGUUUAUAACCAAAGGGUAAAUGGAAGAACUACUUUGGGAGAAAAUAUUGCAGACCUAGGUGGUCUUAAAUUGGCAUACCAUGCUUAUCAGAAAUGGGUGAGGGAUAAUGGUCCUGAGCGGCCACUCCCCCGCCUGAAAUACACUCAUAAUCAACUAUUUUUCAUUGCGUUUGCACAGAACUGGUGUAUAAAGCGCAGAUCCCAGUCCAUAUACCUGCAGGUCCUGACAGAUAAACAUGCUCCUGAACAUUACAGGGUUAUGGGCAGUGUGUCACAGUUUGAAGAGUUUGGGCGAGUAUUUCACUGCCCUAGAAAUUCUCCUAUGAACCCAGUACACAAGUGCUCUGUGUGGUGAUAUUCUGUUGUAUUUUGGAGGAAACCGUUUUCCUGCCGUUGGCAGCACCUCUCCCCACACAGCACUGUCAAUGUUUGUGGAUGCCUUAGGCAAAGAAUGCUUGUGUGCCAUUAUCACCUUCUGCCAACUGGUUGCUGUGCCCUUGACAUCCACAGAGGCAUUACAUUAUCAGAGGAAAAGGAAUUGUGCCCUUCAGUUCCCAGAAGUCGGGUCGCUGGGCAUUUCAGAUCUCCAGCAGUAGCAAGUCUGGGCCUUUCAGUUCCUGAGAGAACAAGGAAUAGGGUCUUGUACCUCUCAGGACAGAUGACUGAGAAGAUCAUCACCAGUGAACAUUACUGGACUGGGCUGAUCAUCAGAGACAGAUUAAUGGGACCAGCGGGCCUGCUAUAUGCAUGAUAUCCUCCAAAUACAGCACUUACAGAAGGAUUUUUGAUACCCUCAAAGGAUCGGUUGUCUGGCCCAUGUCAGGUCCACAAAAGAACCAGGCAUGGAGUGCCUCAAAACUCCAGAGUAGCAGUUGUGUCCUUCAGCGUCCUAAGGGCAUGGCUGGAUUCUCACACUAUACUCAAACUAUACCAUUAGAGGAUAGGGAAAAGGACUGUUUGCACCCAUACGCAGAGAGGCUUUCAGGUAAACAAUACAGAGAGAAAUAAAACUAUAGCUACAAUACAAUAGCUACAGAUAAUUGAUAUAUGGAAUUCAACGUUUUUGCCACAUGAACAUGUCAUUCUAAGAAACUGCCAAAUUGCUCCACACUGUAAAAGAAGUAAGUUGAACCAUGUUACCAGUUCCACAGCAUAAGAAACAAUGUAAGGAGCAGGGUAGUGGAGCCCUCAUACACUCAGCUUGAAACAGGUUACACAUUUUGUAAUAUAUCUGUGUUGUAUCACAGUGUAUAUUGUACAGAAGAAAAUAAACUAAUUUUUGA